GAGUCUGGAGGCAGUGGGCCUGGCCGGCGCUUUUAAUACAGAUGCGCUCCUCCGUGCGCCCUGCGUUCAGCAGAGCGGGGACAGACAGACCAGACAGCACCAUGACUGCACCCAGCAACACCCACGAUGUGAUAGUGGUCGGCGGGGGGAUAUCAGGUUUGAGUGCAGCGAAGUUGUUGAAAGCCAAUGGACUGAACCCUGUCGUCCUGGAGGCAAGGGAUCGGGUUGGUGGUCGCACCUUCACUGUGCGGAAUAAGGAGACAAAGUGGGUUGAUCUGGGCGGGGCUUACAUCGGACCAACUCAGAACCGCAUCCUCCGAUUGGCCAAAGAGUACAACAUAAAGACCUACAAAGUCAACGAGCAGGAGAACCUGGUGCAUUAUGUCAAUGGAAAGUCUUACCCGUUCAAAGGCUCCUUCCCUCCCAUGUGGAACCCCAUCGUCUUGUUGGACUUCAACAACCUGUGGAGGACAAUGGACGAGAUGGGCAAAGAGAUUCCCAGAGAGGCUCCCUGGAGAGCUCCCCAUGCUGAGGAGUGGGACAAGAUGUCCAUGCUGCAGCUCUUUGAAAAAAUCUGCUGGACCAGUACUGUUCGUCGCUUCGGCACACUGUUUGUCAACGUGAACGUGACCUCUGAACCCCAUGAGGUGUCGGCUCUGUGGUUCCUCUGGUAUGUGAAACAGUGCGGAGGAACCAUGAGGAUCUUCUCCACCACUAACGGAGGGCAGGAGAGGAAGUUUGCAGGCGGCUCCAGUCAGAUCAGUGAGUGCAUGGCCAGGGAGCUGGGAGACCGAGUGAAGCUGCAGUCUCCAGUCUACAGGAUCGACCAGAGCGGAGACAUGGUGGUGGUGGAGACGCUGGACAAACAGACCUACACAGCCAAGUACGUGAUCGUGGCCACCCCUCCUGGUCUGAAUCUGAAGAUGCACUUUAACCCCGAGUUGCCACCGCUGAGGAACCAGCUGAUCCAUCGCGUCCCCAUGGGCUCCGUCAUCAAGUGCAUGGUCUACUACAAAGAGAACUUCUGGAGGAAAAAGGGAUACUGUGGCAGCAUGGUGAUUGAGGAGGAAGGCGCUCCCAUUGGCCUGACACUGGAUGACACAAAGCCUGAUGGGACUGUACCUGCCAUUAUGGGAUUCAUCCUCGCCCGCAAGUGCAGAAAGCUAUCAGGGCUGACCAAAGAGGAGAGGUUGAAGAAGAUCUGCGAGAUCUACUCCAGAGUGCUGGACUCGGAAGAGGCUCUGCAUCCGGUGCACUAUGAGGAGAAGAACUGGUGUGAGGAGGAGUACUCUGGGGGCUGCUACACAGCCUAUUUCCCCCCAGGAAUCCUUACCCAGUAUGGCAAGGUGCUGAGGGAGCCAGUCGGCAGGUUGUACUUUGCAGGCACAGAGACGGCCACAGAGUGGAGUGGCUACAUGGAGGGGGCAGUACAGGCUGGAGAGAGAGCAGCCAGAGAGGUCAUUUGUGCGAUGGGUAAAAUCCACCAGAGUCAGAUCUGGCAGGCGGAGCCUGAGUGUGCGGAAGUCCCAGCAUUCCCCUUUGUAGCCACCUUCUGGGAGAGGAAUCUGCCUUCAGUCGGUGGUCUCCUCAAGUUCAUGGGAUUCUCCACCUUCCUGUCUGUUGCCACCGCAGCCGGUCUGAUGGCCUACAAGAAGGGCCUCCUUCCCCGGAGUUAAACUGCACCCACCCGUCAUCUCACUCCUCUGCAUCUCAAGGGGGCACAUCUCAAUAAACACUGUACUCUUGUACUUCUAGUGCACUACUUUAUGGCCCAAACUACAAAGUAGUGAACUAUAUAGGGUAUAGGAUGUUUUUUGAGAAACACCCUGCUGUAAGAAAGACAGUUCAGCUCACACAAAACAUUAACGCACCAUCACUCUGUGCACUGUCUGUUCACAAAAGAGAGAGAGAGAGAGAGACAAAUAGUAAUGGGCUGAUUAAAAGUUAAGAGGUGCUAGUUUGAGACAAGUGAAGAAGACCUAACUUCUGCUUAAAUCUAUAAUAAAUCUGAGAUUCAGAUUGUGAAACCAAUGAAGUGAAAAGAACAGAAUCAAUUAUUAAAAGAAAAAAAAAAUAUAUAUAUAUAUAUCACUAUUAAUAUUCCAUACAUUGCCAAUGACAUUCACAUUCUUGAUUACAUGUGAGUUUAUUAACUCAUCAUGCUUUCUGUGUGUGUAUGAGCUGUGUUUGUAUGCAUGCACACAUGUGAUGAUGAGCAUGCAUUUGUGAGUGUGAGUGUUAGUUGUGUACAAAGUGUGUGUGUGUGUGUGUGUGUGUAUCCAGUGUGUCUAAUUACCUCUGCUGAUUUUAGGUGCUGAUUUAUUCUGGCCAAGCAGCUGUAGCUGUUUGAUGAGAUCCAGCAACAUCAGAAUAGAGUUGUGCCAUUGCCCAUUACAAAACCACAGAGGAGGUUUAAGGAUGGUGAUAUUCUAAAUGUCUCUUAUUGUCAACAAAUACCAUGAAAAGACCAAAACCAACAAUGAACUGAACCUUUUUAUCAAGUAUUGGCUGUGUAGCUAAACCCUGAUAUAUCGUAUUCCUCUGUGAGCUCCGUCGUCUGAAAAAAACACAUAAAUGAGCCACGCUGUCGCACUGGGUGACAUGUUCUUUCAUUAUGAUGAACAUGGGCACUGUUGUGUCUGCAGAAAAUGCAAUCUACAGUGCCUAGUUGUUUUUAAAGUGUGUUCAGACUGAACGCAAAUCAAAUUCUUUCCUGGUGUUUGUGCAAAUUGGGUGUUUUGGGAGUUUGUGUUAAACGUUGUACGCUAAGCUAACGUGUGUGUGCAGUGUGGCUGUAUUAAUGCGUUUUAUUAUGAGCUUUAUUUGAGAGCUCACACUCACCAGGAACACCACCUCUUUCUGUUCUUUCUCUUCAGUUCCUCUCCUUUUCCCUCUUUUCUCUGUACAGUUAUGACGUGGAGUCAUCCAGCUCAAAUCUUCUGCUCAAGCUGAAACAUUUUCCACUCGUUUGGAUGCAUCAAGUCACGUCAAUUUUAUUUAUAUAUCCAAGAAAAAACUAAUUUGCCUCAAAGGGCUUUGCAAUUUGUACAACAUACAAGAACCUUUUUGUAGUUUAUUUUAAAUUAAUCCCUCAGCAUCGUCCUUGUGCCAGAUAUUACUCACUAGCGCAUCAAAUCCAUGGCUGAAAAUAGUCCCCAACAAAUGCACUAUUUACUAAAAAUGAAAGUGCCCAGCUGGAAAUGACUGAUCUAAUACUAAUUAUUUGUUUGUUUUUAAAGAUGUACGUCUUCAGGUGGAUCAAACGGGUUAGGGGCUAACGGGGUAGUGAAGUCGGAAAGUAUUGAUAGACAGAAUAUUUCAUUGUUGGUUUACAUGAGAUUUGUUAACGGUGAGAAAAAGAAUAAGAAAAUUGCAUAAGAAGCCUUGUCCUUUAAUUAAACUUUUUCUUUAGGGGUAAUGUAGUGCUACUCUGUACGGUUGUCUCUUGGUAAACGUAAUGGAAGAAUUCGAAUGUAUUUUCUUCAGACUAGAUAACACAAACUAUUUGUUGCUGUAUUAUGAUCAGAUUUUUUAUAUAUUUUUACUUUUUCUCAUUCAUAAUUUAGAUUAACACAAGGGGUGGCACUGUAGCUAACCAAAAAACACACCGUUUUUUUUUUAAAAGCCCAAAACUGAUCUGCGUUAUUAUUGGAAGCCAUCUGGAAAGACGCGGCCAGCUGCAGUUCCUCUGUGAAGGCCGCCAACAGCAGCGUUACAUUAUCGAACCUAUCAGAUGCUUUAUUGUAUUAUUUACUUACAGAGAAUCUAACCACACAAGAUGUAACUUAUGUUUUUGUAAGAAAAGUACAGAAAAUUGCCUCCUCUUAAAAUAAACUUAAGAAAACAGAUUAAUAAAUGAAGCAUUAUUCCCAGAAAGAUUACACAGCUGACGACUUGCAGCAAAUAGUAAUUGUUGGCCACAUUGCAAACACUUCAACAGCAAUCCAUGAGGAGUUGCACUUUGAUGUUAGCAAUCAUCUGUCGGAGUAGAAGUCGUGUUUUUUUUUUUUUUUUCGUAACAUAAUGAAAAUCUGAUUUUGAAAGUAGAUGUGAAGAAAACCAAUCAACACGUGACGGAAUCUAAAGGAGUUUCUUCAGCUGUUUUUGAAGGGCAUUGUACUGUGUGCGCGGCUCCGAGAGAAUCAUGCUGUUCUGGUCCCAAAGACUGGUGUGUGUGUGUGUGUGUGUGUGUGUGUGGUUGUAUCUGUUGUGCCUUAAUGGAAGUCAUAGUGUUUUUUUUGUCAUUUCUCUCAAGUGCCUGUGUGACUCUGACACUCUCUGCCCGUGCUCUCCCUCCCCUCCCGCCUCCACUGGAGGCGAGAGGUCAGAUGGACCAGGUCCACUGGUUUAAAGCGUCAUCAGUAACCAUCAAUAUAGAGGGACCAGCAAAACAACUCCAUGUCCCUCUUAUCUUGUCAUUUUUAAACAUUCCCUGUAUUACCUGAGUUAUGUCCUCAGUAUAAACUCAGGUAAAGGCAGGUGUAUGAACACAGUGUCAGCUGUGAAUAAUAGAGCUCAGACUGUUGGGUUGAUCAAACUGCUUAUCUCCAGUGAAGCCAAGUCUGUGUGUUUUUGUAUUGUGAUUACAGUGCUGUCUCCCCUUGUUGUGGCACCCUUGUGUCCCUCUAGCUGCUUAACUUUCCCCUGUGUGCAUUGACCUUUGACCCUCCAACCCUCACUCACUUGACCCACUCAUCGCAGCACAUGCACUGGUUUUGCACUCUCCGAGGCCAACUCUAGAAGUCACGAUUGGACAAUGGUGUCGCUCACAUUUGAACCCAUCUCUGACUUCAGUGAACAAACAAAGCCAGCACACUCUGUCCGUCCUUCCAAACUACAGUACGAGCACCAUCAGCAGCUAUAAUUUUCGGAUAUUCGUUAUCUGAUCCUCCUUCACUGUUUUCUGGAGACCUGCGACUGUUCCCCAUCCCUCUUGUCCUUCUCUGGAUGUGAGCCUCCUUAAAUUUUCCUGUGACCCGUUCUUUGAUGUCUUCGACUCCUCAAACAAAGCUGGUGAUAUUUAAAAGAAAAAAUGUGAAAUAAAUCUUUUACUCGUCUUAAACCA